AGUACGAAACGUUCACCUGCAGACAACCAGGAUCCAACAUUACCUCUAAAACACACAACAGUCGUUGGUGAAUAAGUUGUCGGAUAAAGAAAAGGACAUAACCCGGAAUCAAAUCGGCCUUGUUUUUCUAAAGUGGAGAGCACUGUGAGAGCUAAAGAAGCUAAAGUUUGUCUCAGAGCUAGCUCUUCUCCGGGACAAAAAUAGGUAAACAGGAGGAGCAACAAACAGGAAGACGUUCGUAGAAUCUCCAUUUUUCCUCUGGUUGUUCAUCAUCGUUUCUGUGGAGGCGACUGGAGCUCCAAACUUCAGAAGCUGCUUGCUUCCAACAGACCGACAGACUCUAGUCCCUCCGAGAAGCAGGAUGUCUGAGCUUCCUGCUUUCCCCCGCAUGUCCUUCCUGCUGCUUUGCAUCCUGGGAAUGACCUCAGUUACAUCCAGCUUCCCUCAGACUCGACUACCUCUCAGAGGUCCUGACGACCCUGAUGAACCAAAACGAGGCGACUGGGACGUUCUUUUCCCCUCCAUCUCCCUCCAUGACUGGAACAUCCAAAUGAUGUCAGCACCCAGCCUCAGAGCAUCCGCAGACAGCAAGGCGGGGCUGAUGAGGGAGGCGUGGCUCUUCGCCCCACAGCGGACGGAGGCCAGCAUGGAGGGUGUGUGGCCUGCUGAGUGGACGUCUGAAGGAGCCCGGGUGGUGAAGAGGAACAUGGUGGUGGCAGAUGAUGCUGCCUUCAGGGAGAAGAGUAAGCUCCUGACAUCCAUGGAGAGACAAAAGUGGCUCAACUCAUACAUGCAGAAACUGCUGGUGGUCAAUUCUUGAUGAUGCCAAAGAUCAGAAGAAGCCAGUGAAUGCACCACCUGCAAGGAGCCGUUUGAAUCUCCAGGAUUAUCCAGCAUCAAAAACUGUUUCUUGUAUCAUUUUAUUCCAUCUCUGAUCAGAACUGUUUAUCUUUUCAGUGUAAAUGAAAGCAGAGAUGUUAACUUGAAAUGAGUUCCUU